UGACGAGUCAAGUUUGGAACAUGGUGACAGUGUUGAUGGUGACAGUCACUGGUAGUGACGGUCCUGCAGACGGUGGACCAAGUUAGUCUGAGAGGCUGGUCUCUGGUAGACUAGGACACAGCUGAGCUGAAAUUCGACCCCUGCAACCACAAAUAGGUGAGUGCCGGAGGUGUUCAUGAUUGCUGGUGACUGUGACCUUGAGGUGAUGAGGACCUGGAGGGAAGGUUGACUGCUUCACUAUCUUGUCAUCAUCAUCAGUGGUUGUGGAAGUCAGAGUAGAGAUGAAUGCCAUAACCAGCUUCGUUGAUUCCUUUACGGAACUCUUCAGUUUGACAUCUCAAAUGUUAUCUCUGUCAGUGCGAGUAUGGUCUCUUGGUGUUAUGAUCAUUCUUCAACUUCUGGUCAUUCUUGCAGGACUUCUUUGCUUAUGCUGGUUUCUUCUCAAGCUUUGUAUGCAUACAUUACGGAAAGGUGAACCAGGAUAUCUUCAUGUAGCAUUCUUUCAUCCAUAUUGCAAUGCUGGAGGAGGGGGUGAAAGGGUUCUCUGGUGUGCCAUAAGAUCACUUCAGAGAAAGUAUCAGAAUGUCAAGUGCUAUGUUUACACUGGAGACACGGAUGUUACCUCUCAACAGAUACUUCAAAAAGCUCGACAAAGGUUCAAUGUAAUCUUGCCUCAACCAGUUGAAUUCAUAUUCCUCCAGAGUCGAACUCUUGUUGAAGCUAAGCACUAUCCUUUUGUAACACUCAUGAUGCAAAGUAUAGGAUCCAUCAUACUGGCGGGUGAGGCACUGUCUAAGUUUCGUCCAGACAUAUAUAUUGAUUCCAUGGGUUAUGCAUUCACUUACCCUGUAUUUCGUUACAUUGGAGGCUGUGUAGUAGGCUGUUACACACAUUACCCAACAAUAAGUACAGAUAUGUUGGAACAAGUUGCAAACAGAGUUGAAGCACACAAUAACAGAAGAUUCAUCUCUAGCAAUAUAGUUUUUAGCACAUUAAAAUUAGGCUAUUACCAUUUAUUUGCACUAAUGUAUGCAUUAGUUGGACACUGUGCACACUUAGUUAUGGUAAACUCAUCCUGGACACAUGGCCACAUUACAGCACUUUGGGGACAGUCUCGUCAGACACACAUUGUGUAUCCACCAUGUGAUACUCAGCAUUUCAAAAGUCUCCCCAAGAUUCCAGACUCUGAGAAGAAGCUUAAGAGUAUUAUUUCUAUUGGUCAGUUUCGUCCAGAAAAGGAUCAUUCUCUCCAACUGAAAGCUUUCCAGAGGCUUUGUGAAAUCCUUGAUUCAGAUAUUAAGGAAGUUGUUCAGCUUGUAUUGAUAGGUAGUUGUAGAAAUAAUGAGGAUUACCAAAGGGUAGAAAACUUAAAAACUCUUGCAUCUACAUUAGGAAUUAAUGAUAAAGUAGUUUGGAAACUUGAUGCCUCUUUCCCGGAACUUUUAGAAUAUGUUCAAAAUGGGACAGUUGGUUUGCAUACAAUGUGGUGUGAACAUUUUGGUAUUUGCAUUGUUGAAUGCAUGGCAGGUGGGCUUAUCAUGGUGGCUCAUGAUUCUGGUGGACCAAAAAUGGAUAUUGUUGUUGAGUUUGAUGGUCAACGAACAGGUUACAGAGCCACAGACCCUGAAUCUUAUGCCCAGGCAAUCAAAACAAUUUUGGAAUCUACUGAUGAAGACAGAAAUAGUAUACGCAUUUCAGCUAGAAAUUCAGUUGACAGAUUCAGUGAUGAGCAGUUUGAAACUUCUUUUCUUUGUGCAAGUGAAAGUAUUUUCUCUAAUGCAGUAUUAAGUUAGUGAAUUGCUAGCAUUUUCAGUAAAAAAAAAAAUUGAUAUUCAUUGUAGUGUCAGAUAUACUUAGGUGUGACACUUAAAACAAGAAUGUGACCUAAGUGAAUGGUCAGCAGCAUUAGUGUAGGACUUUAAAUUCAUCUUCUGAUUGUUAUGUUCUCAUAAAUGAUUACCAUGUCAUGAAAUUUAGGUGAUAAGCAUUAAUUUUCUUGUAAAUGAUGAACAUGCACCUUUGUUUUCUCUUAGAAAUGCACAUUUAUAUUUUGGUAUCUAUUAUUUUUGUUCCCUCAGUUAUUGUAUACUGUAUUCAUAGAUGGCAAGAUACUUUUAAGGGUCAUACAUUAUAGCAUAGCACUGCAUUGCAUAAGCAAAAUAGUGAGAGAAUCUAGGCAUUGAGGGAAGGACAUCAGCUGGAAGGAUGAGAGCUAGAAUUUGAUAAAAUAUAUUAAUGCAUAUUAACCCGUAAACGAUCCAAGCAGAUCUACGUUUACGUGUGUAGUGCUACAAAAGUAGAUUACGUUUUUGUUACAUAUUUUCAAAUACAUAUAACAAAAAAAAAAAGUAGAUCAAAGUUUUUUACACAUUUUCAAAUGUAAAAAAAUAAAAAGAUCUACUUUUUUACACACUUUCAAAUGUUGAAAAAAAAUGUAUAUACAGUGGACCCCCGCUUAACGAUCACCUCCAAAUGCGGCCAAUUAUGUAAGUGUAUUUAUGUAAGUGCGUUUGUACGUGUAUGUUUGGGGGUCUGAAAUGGACUAAUCUACUUCACAAUAUUCCUUAUGGGAAAAAAUUCAGUCAGUACUGGCACCUGAACAUACUACUGGAAUGAAAAAAGUUCGUUAACCGGGGGUCCACUGUAUAAGUUUGGACCGUUUACGGGUUAAAGAUAGAACAGUCAGGUGGUAAGGUAGAUAGUGUGUACGUGUGUAUUUCAGAAUGUUUUCCUCAACAUUUUAAAUGAAUAUAAACAACCAUCUGUAGCAGAACAAGUCCUUAUUGUUGCAAUAAAAGCUUGCUCUGCUCUAUUUGCCUUUAUUCCUUUUAGUAGUAUGCUUUUCAACAAACCAGUCUGAAAUGAAUAGUGUCCUUGCUGAUGAAUGAGAGAAUCUAUUAUAAAGUUCUGAGCUGUCAGGAUUUGUUAGUGAAAAAUGGUACGGAAAAAGUAUGCCAUACUGAAUGAAGUCCUUUAUUCACAAGAUGUUGCCUUUGAUGCCAUUUUUCUCUUGCUAACUUCCUGUCUGAGGGAGUAACCUCAUGUUGAUCUGGUUACAUGCCUAUACUGAGAAAUAAAGAUGUAUGUGAAAGAUAA